AUGACAAAAACUCUGGCAUUAUUCAUGCUCUUAGUGAGCACAAUCACUGUGUUUGCGCAAGAGUUUGAAAUUAUUGAACACAGUCGUCUUCAUCCCCCGGUAGCAGCUCCACCUCACUCCCAUCACCCCAAGCCUCCCUCUCCUACUCCAUCCCCACACCCCCCACAUCACCACCACCACCACCACCAUCACCACCACCAUUCCGCUCCUGCUCCAGCUCCUCUUCCAGAGAUUCACCCCCCACCUCACCACCACCCUCAUGCUUCUAUUGACACUCCAAACCACUUAUCUGCUCACCCCCCACAUCACCAUGCUGGCCACCACCAUCACCAUCAUCACCCUCCAACUCCUGCUUACGCUCCUUCUACACCCCCUACCCACCACCAUCAUCACCCUCCUACCCAUGCCCCUGUUCACCCUCCUGCUCACUCACCAGGACACUCCCUUCCCUAA